AUGGCCAACUGCUUUCCCGUCAUUCAACAAGCCUACUCGAACCAGAACUUGCCUCCGGAUGAUGCGCACAGGAUUUUGGAAAACGACAUUAAACGAUUUGGCGACCCACUCAACAUGCGUUUAUACAUUGACGGCGAUCAGGCAGAGGAAAAAAUGGAUACAGCCAAGGCACGAGACGCAAAGCGACACAAGGCUCUGAACCGGACGGAAAAGAGCAUCAAGGUUUUCGAGGAGAGACUGAACAGCAAUUUGAGGGUCAGGAAACGACACUUUACGGACGUCAAGGCUGGACUGAAGUCGUCUUUUCACUGGUCGUUGAGGAGUCGCCAGGAGUUUGCCAACUACAUGCGGCACCGCGGUUGGACUGUCAUCGUUUGCAGGACGGUGGCUGAUCUUGCUAUUGCUAUGGAUGCUCAGGACAUCGACGUCAUUAUCUCGAAGGACAGUGAUAUGAUGGCGUAUCAAUCAGUCACGACCCUCUGGCGUCCAGUCUCCAAUAACCUUAUCCUCGUUUACAAGAUUCCCGAUGUCCUCGCAACUCUUGGUAUCUCUCGGACGCAGCUGACGGCGCUCGCGGUAGUAUCUCGAAAUGACUAUUACAAGAACAUCUACUCGCUUGGGCCAGCAACCAACUUCAGCAUUAUCAAAUCGAUUGGAUCAAGACCAGACGCCCGAGAGAUUGUCGCUGCCUACCUUACCCACGGCCAAGUCGUGGUGAAAAACACGAAAGAGGAGACAUUCGAGAACUCGAUCCGGGUGCCCAAGGAUGACAUUGUACGGCUACUCGCGCCAAAGACCUUCAACCGGUACCGGACGGUCGAGUCACCCGCUGCUAUCUCCAAGACAAAGACCGUCACUACACCGCAACCUGCGCGUGGUCCUUCACAGCAAAUCUCUUCUGAUUCCAGUCCAUCUCAACAGUCUACUUCUGUGAUGUCUGCCCCAGAUGCUGACGGCCAUCCACCCUUAUCAAGGACACGGAUCCCGCGGAACCGAGGACGAUUCUCGUUCAAGGAGAGAACCCGCAAGGUUGUCCAUGCUCCACCUCCCAAGGCUAAGCAAUUCAAACUGACGUUUUACCAAGAACGACCGGGGACUGUCAACCCCACCCCAGCCAAAAAGACGACGUCAAAGGCCAACAAACCACCACAACCCAACAUGGAACCGAUCGCCGACAAGGACAAGAGAGGAUUAUUGCGAUCUCUUUCUUGGCACCAUCCUACCGCAUGGCUGGAAAUUGGCACCUUGGAGGCGUAUGUUGGACAUGUAUCAGGAGAUGGAGCAACACUCGGAAACCCGGAAAUCCCACUGAAUCUUAACAUUGUGCAGCAGGAAGUGAUGGAUUGCCUACAGGAGGCUGUCCAAUCAGCAGCAACUGUCAAACGGAAUGCCCAGCGGCUGAUCGGAGAGUUUGUUGAGACAUUGGCUGUCAGGAUGCACGCCGCAGAGGAGGCAAAGAGGGCAGAGUUGCAGAAGUUCUCCCCGCCAAUGACCAUGACCAACGUCGAGCGUCGCAAAGCCAAGCGCGAUGCUGUCACAAAGGACGAGCGAGAAAUCCUUACUCAUCUAUGUGUGCGUCCCCUUUAUGUGGCGACCGAUGAAAUAAACCUGGUUAUUGGAGCCAUUCUAUACCAACUACUAGACGCACCCUCUGACCAGUCGAAAAGCAGCGAUACCGCUACUGAAAACCCAUAUGUCAACUCUGACCAACUGACACGGUACGUUGAGGGUCUGGACAUUGACACCUAUGCUCCUUACAUUCCCAUCAUGUAA